AUGGCAAGGCUCUCAGCUUGUCUGGUUUACGCUCUAACCUUAUUUGUUCUCGCCAACGUUGCACUGGCUGAUUACGAGCCUUACACACCCAACUACAAAGAAACUCCAUACAAGAAACCAGUUGUGGAGGUUACUGCCGGGGUAUAUGUUCCUGAGCAUGAAUACAAGCCUAAACAUGAGUACGAGUAUGCUUCUCCAUCACCACCAGCUUACGUUCCUCCUAAAUAUGUAUACUCGUCAUCACCACCACCGGUUUAUGUAGCUCCAAAAUACCCAUCCCCCAAGUAUACUCCCAAAUAUGUCUAUGCGUCACCACCACCACCAGUUUACGUAGCUCCCAAAUACCCAACACCAACCUACACUCCCAAAUAUAUCUAUGCGUCACCACCACCACCAGCAUACGUCGCUCCCAAAUACCCAACACCAACAUAUACUCCUAAAUAUACCUACUCCUCACCACCACCACCACCACCAGCUUACGUCGCACCCAAAUACCAAACACCAAAAUAUACUCUUAAAUAUGUCAACCCAUCACCACCACCACCAGCUUACGUCGCUCCCGUGGUCUAUCCAUCGCCAUCACCACCACCACCAGCUUACGUCGCUCCCGUGGUCUAUCCCUCGCCAUCACCACCACCACCCGCUUACGUCGCUCCCAUAGUCUACCCAUCGCCAUCACCACCACCGCCCGCUUACAUCGCUCCCGUAGUCUACCCAUUGCCAUCACCACCACCGCCCGCUUACGUAGCUCUCGUUGUCUACCCAUCGCCAUCACCACCACCACCUGCUUACGUAGCUCCCGUUGUUUACCCAUCUCCAUCACCACCACCACCUGCUUACGUAGCUCCCGUUGUCUACCCAUCCCCAUCACCACCACCUCCAGCUUACGUCGCUCCCGUAGUUUACCAAUCCCCGUCCCCACCACCACCAGCUUACGUCGCUCCAGUAGUGUACUCAUCUCCACCACCAACCUAUUCCUACAAGUCUCCACCACCACCAUCUUACAUUGCCCCCAAACAUGAAUACAAGCCUAAAUAUGAAUACAAUCCUAAACAUGCGUACAAAUAUGCUUCUCCACCACCACCAGCAUACGUUGCCCCCAAAUAUGUCUACCAAUCACCUCCUCCACCAGUUUACGUCGCUUCCAAAUACCCAUCACUAAAAUAUACCCCAAAAUACGUAUACUCAUCACCACCUCCACCAUCUUACGUCGCUCCCAAAUACCCAUCGCCAAUAUAUACUCCUAAAUACGAAUACUCAUCACCACCACCACCAGCUUACGUCGCUCCCAAAUACCCAUCACCAAAGUCAGUUGGUGGAGAAAGAACAGUGAAGAAGUUGAGAUUAUCGAAAGCUUUAACUAUAGCUGAAGGAACGACUGUUUCUGAUGCUUGUCGAAGGAUGGCUGCUCGAAGAGUUGAUGCAGUGCUUCUUACUGGUUCAGGACUACAGGACAUAACUGGAUAUGGAAUUGGAAUUGCGACUGUUAAAGUGUUAGCCUCUGCCUUCGGAGAUUGA